GCUUCACACUGAAGAAAUAUCAUUCUUGAUUGAAAUAUUUUUUGUAAAAAAAGUCAAAUAAUGAAUUGACUUUUAACCACAGAAUAACUCACAGAAGUUCUUCAAGAUGACCAUGCAGGACAACGAUGACAGCAACAAGUUCCUUUUCCUGGACAGUGAGUUCAAAAACAGUGGGGUGGCUCAGGCUGACUGGUCCACCAGAAAGAUGGUGUGGAUUCCCUCAGAAAGGGAUGGUUUUCAGUCAGCCAGCAUUAAAGAAGAGACGGGGAAUGAGGUGGUGGUGGAGCUGGACAACGGGCAGAAGGUGACCGUCAGCAAAGACGACAUUCAGAAGAUGAACCCACCCAAAUUCAACAAGGUUGAAGACAUGGCUGCUCUGACCUGCCUGAACGAGGCUUCAGUGCUGCACAACCUCAGGGAGAGGUACUUCUCAGGCCUUAUUUAUACAUAUUCAGGCCUCUUCUGUGUGGUGAUCAACCCUUAUAAGAUGCUGCCCAUCUACUCUGAGAAGAUCAUUGAGAUGUACAAGGGGAAGAAGCGUCAUGAGGUUCCUCCACACAUCUACUCUGUCACUGAUAAUGCCUACAGGAACAUGCUGCAAGAGCGUGAGGACCAGUCUAUUCUCUGCACCGGUGAGUCUGGUGCAGGCAAAACUGAAAAUACCAAAAAAGUCAUCCAGUACCUGGCGGUUGUGGCAUCAUCACAUAAAGGAAAGAAAGAGGCCACUUCUGAUACAAGCUCUUCAGCACCAAACAAGCAACAAAAAGGAUCCCAGCUAGCAUUUGGAGAGCUUGAGAAGCAGCUCCUGCAGGCCAAUCCCAUUCUGGAGGCAUUUGGAAAUGCAAAGACCAUCAAAAAUGAUAAUUCUUCAAGAUUUGGUAAAUUUAUCAAAAUCAACUUUGACAACACCGGCUACAUCGUUGGAGCAAACAUUGAAACGUACCUCCUGGAAAAGUCUCGCUGUAUCCGACAGGCCAAAAUCGAGAGAUCCUUCCACAUCUUCUACUAUAUGGUGGCUGGAGCAAAAGACAAAAUGCGAGAGGAGCUCUUGCUAGAGGACUUUGCUAACUACCGUUUCCUGGUGGCUGGACAUGUCCAGGUUCAAAACCAGCAAGAUGACGAGAUGUUAGAGGAGACUCUUGAGGCCAUGGAGGUUCUGGGCUUCAACGAGGAAGAACGAAUAGGCAUGUUUAAAAUCUGUUCUACUGUGCUGCAACUGGGCAAUAUUGAGUUCAAAGCAGAAAAAAACCAAGAGCAGGCCAGUAUGCCAGACAACACAGCUGCACAGAAAGUGUGCCAUCUGCAGGGGAUUAAUGUGACUGACUUUACCAAAGCCAUGCUCACUCCUAAAAUCAAAGUGGGCCGAGAGCUGGUGCAGAAGGCACAGACCAAAGAACAGGCUGACUUUGCAGUGGAAGCCUUGGCUAAGGCCAUGUAUGACCGUCUGUUUCGCUGGAUCUUGGGCCGUGUCAACAAGGCUCUCGAUAAAACAAAGCGUCAGGGAGCCUCUUUUAUAGGCAUCCUAGACAUUGCAGGUUUUGAGAUUUUUGAGGAUAACUCAUUCGAGCAGCUGUGCAUCAACUACACCAACGAGAAACUGCAACAGCUCUUCAAUCACACCAUGUUCAUCCUGGAGCAGGAGGAGUACAAGAAGGAAGGCAUCGAGUGGAGCUUCAUUGACUUUGGUCUGGACCUGCAGCCCUGCAUUGAGCUCAUCGAGAGACCAAACAACCCUCCAGGUAUUCUUGCUCUGCUUGAUGAGGAGUGCUGGUUUCCGAAGGCAACUGAUGUUUCUUUUGUUGAGAAACUCACAAACACUCACUCAAGCCACUGCAAAUUCUCCAAACCCAAGAAUCUGAAGGAGAAGACUUUCUUCACUGUGCAACACUAUGCCGGCAAGGUGGACUAUAAUGCCAUGUCAUGGUUGACUAAAAACAUGGACCCACUCAACGACAACGUCACAGCAUUGCUGAGCAACUCAUCCAGUGCUUUUAUUCAGGACAUCUGGAAAGAUGUGGACCGUGUGGUGGGUUUGGAAACCAUGGCUAAGAUGGCCAAGUCUGACAGCUCAGCUCCUGCUGCUUCCAAGUCCAAGAAAGGCAUGUUCCGCACCGUCGGGCAGCUGUACAAAGAGUCCCUCGGCAAACUCAUGACCACUCUUCAUAACACUCAACCAAACUUUGUGCGCUGUAUCAUUCCCAACCACGAAAAAAGGGCUGGCAAGAUAGAUGCCCAUCUUGUUCUAGACCAGCUGAGCUGUAAUGGUGUACUAGAAGGGAUCCGCAUUUGUCGCCAGGGCUUCCCUAAUCGUAUCGUCUUUCAUGAGUUUCGCCAGCGCUAUGAGGUUCUUGCUGCCGGUUCCAUUCCUAAAGGUUUCAUGGAUGGAAAACAAUCCUGUACGCUUAUGAUUAAACAUCUAGACUUGGACCCAAACCUGUAUCGGAUUGGUCUGAGCAAGAUAUUCUUCCGCACAGGAGUGUUGGCACAGCUGGAGGAAGAACGAGACCUGAAACUGACUGAUAUUAUAAUAGCCUUCCAGGCCCAGGCCCGUGGUUUUCUUGGCAGAAAGGCAUUCAGCAACAAACAAAAGCAGUUGACAGCCAUGAAAGUGCUACAGAGGAACUGUGCUGUUUAUCUGACACUCAGGAACUGGCAGUGGUGGAGACUUUUCACUAAAGUCAAACCCCUGCUUCAGGUGACUCGUCAAGAAGAGGAGAUGAAUCAAAUAGAAGAGGAGCUCCAGAAAGCCAAAGAAAUUGCCCAGAAGUCUGAAACGGAACUAAAGGAGAUCACACAGAAACACGACCAGGUUGUGGAGGAGAGGAAUAAGCUGCAGGCGAAGCUCCAGGAGGAAGCAGAACUGUACGCAGAGUCUGAGGAGGUCAGGAUACGACUGGAGACCAAGAAGCAAGAACUGGAGGAGGUGCUGCAUGAGAUGGAGGCUCGACUUGAGGAAGAGGAGGAGCGCAGUCAGGCUUUUCAGCAAGAGAAAGGGAAUUUGCAACAAAAACUUAAGGAGUUAGAAAACCAUUUGGCAGAACAAGAUGCCACCCGACAGAAGCUUCAGUUGGAAAGUGGCGCUGCCGAUGGGAAGAUUAAGAAACUUGAAGAGGAUGUCCUCAUCAUGGAGGAUCAGAAAAACAAGUUGCAAAAGGAGAAGCAACAGCUGGAGGAGCGGUUAGCUGACUUUAGCUCCAACCUUGCUGAGGAGGAAGAAAAAUCUAAAAACCUGACUAAACUAAAGGCUAAACAUGAAUCUAUGAUUUCAGAUCUUGAAGUUCGAAUGAAGAAGGAAGAGAAGAGUCGUCAGGACGUAGAGAAAGCAAAACGUAAACUGGAGACAGAGCAUAGUGAUUUACAGGAACAAAUGAAGAACCUGCAGACCCUGAUAGCAGAGCUUAAGACACAGCAAGCCAGAAGUGAAAUGGAAAUUCAAGAACUUCAAGCAAGCGUGGAAGCAGAAUCAACCCAGAAGAGCAAUGCUCUGAAAAAGAUUCACGAAAUGGAAGGACUUCUCUCAGAGCUGCAAGAUGAGCUUGAAGCUGAACAGGGGGCUGGUAGGAAGUCAGAAAAGGCCAGAAAGGAGUUGGAAGAAGAGUUGUCAGCCUUGAGGACUGAACUAGAGGACUCAUUAGACACCACAGCCGUGCAGCAAGAGCUAAGGGCUAAGAGGGAGCAGGAGGUGGCUAUGUUGAAGAAGUUGAUAGAAGAUGAAGGCCGAAGCCAUGAGGCUCAAGUGCAUGAGCUGAAACAAAAACAUGCUCAGGCUGUAGAUGAACUUAGUCAGCAGCUAGACCAAUCUAAACGGGCCAAAGCCACUCUGGAGAAGGCUAAACAAGCCCUUGAGAAGGAGGUUGGAGACCUAAAUGGAAACCUUCGCUCACUGGGUAAUGCCAAGCAGGAUUUGGAGCAGAAGAAGAAGAAGGUAGAGACCCAGCUUGCUGACCUUCAGACUCGUUUCAAUGAGAGCGAGAGAAAAAGGGAGGAGCUUGGAGAUGCAGUGUCCAAACUUAAUACAGAGUAUAACAAUGUGAACAGCAUCCUCAAUGAGGCAGAGAGCAAGAACAUCAAGCUGAGUAAAGACGUUGUCAGCCUUAACUCACAGCUCCAAGAUGCACAGGAGCUACUUGCUGAGGAGACACGUCAAAAACUUAACUUUUCCACUAGACUGCGUCAAAUGGAGGAUGAACGAAAUGGUCUUCUGGAACAAAUAGAUGAAGAGACAGAAGCCAGAAGGAAUGUGGAGAGACAUGUCUCUAGUCUUAACACACAAUUGUCGGAGGCAAAAAAGAGAUUGGACGAGUACUCCAGCAAUUUCCAAAUGCUUGAAGAAAGCAAAAAACGGCUACAGAGGGAUCUGGAGGCCACUAAAGGAGAAUUAGAAGAGAAAACUGCAAGCUAUGACAAGUCAGAGAAGACCAAGAACCAUCUUCAGCAAGAGCUGGAUGACGUCCUGUUAGACCUAGACAACCAGAGACAGCUGGUUUCAAAUAUGGAGAAGAAACAAAGGAAAUUUGACCAGAUGCUUGCGGAUGAGAAGACCCUCUCCAGCAAAUAUUCUCAGGAGCGUGACUGCGCAGAGGCAGAGGCACGGGAGAAGGAGACCAAAUGUUUGGCCCUCACUCGAGCGCUGGAGGAAUGCCAGGGUUCAUUACGUGAGUUAGAGAAACUCAACAAGACACUUCGCACUGACAUGGAAGAUCUAAUCAGUUCAAAAGACAACAAAAAUGCCCAUGAGCUGGAGAAGACCAAACGUGCACUGGAGGCUCAAGUGGAAGAAAUGACAAUUCAGAUGGAGGAGCUUGAAGAUGAAUUACAGGCUGCGGAGGAUGCUAAGCUCCAUUUGGAAGUAAAUAUGCAGGCCCUCAAAGUCCAAAUACAAAGAGACAUCCAAGGCAGAGAGGAGCAAAGUGAAGAGAAGAGGAAACAACUCCUCAAGCAGGUCCGUGAGCUUGAGGCUGAGCUAGAAGAUGAGCAGAAGAUGAGAACGUCCUUGGCUGCUGCCAAAAAGAAACUGGAAGGGGAUUUGCAGGACCUUGAAGACCAGGUUGAUGUAAACAGCAGAGCGAGGGAUGAGGCCGUUAAACAACUCCGAAAGAUUCAGACUCAGAUGAAAGACUACCAGAGGGAGCUGGAAGAUGCUCGAGCAUCCCACAAGGAAGUUCUUUCCGAUGCUAGAGAAUCUGAGCGAAAGGCCAGAGCUAUGGAGGCCGAAAUCUUACACUUGCAUGAGGAACUUGCUUCAGCAGAGAAAGCUCGCAAACAUGCUGAAAGAGAGAGGGAUGAGAUAGCAGGGGAGAUGGCAAGUGGUUCCUUCGGAAAAUCUGGUACGUCUGAUGAGAAACGUCGUCUGGAAUCUAAGAUCCAACAUUUGGAAGAGGAGCUUGAUGAUGAACAGGCAACCACAGAGACGCUUAAUGAGAGACUGCGAAGAAGUGUGCAGGAGGUGGACCAGCUGACCAAUGAGCUGCAUACUGAACGCUCCAAUGCUCAGAGGAUGGAGAGUGGCUGGCAGCAGAUGGAGAGGCAGAACAAAGAGCUCAGGGCCAAGCUGCUUGAGAUGGAGGGACAAGUCAAGUCCAAGCAACGGUCCACUGUAGCUGCCCUAGAGUCGAAGUUACAACAAACAGAAGACCAGCUGGAUCAUGAAAGCAGAGAGAGACAAGCAAUUGCAAAGGCCAUGCGCCAGAAAGACAAGAAACUAAAGGAGCUGAUGAAUCAGGUAGAGGAUGAACGGAAACAGAUGGAGCAAUAUAAGGACCAGGCUGAGAAAGCAAAUCUUCGAGCAAGGCAGCUGAAGAUGCAGAUGGAAGAGAGCGAUGAAGAAUCUCAGCGUGCUACUGCUGCUCGGCGUAAACUUCAGAAAGAGCUGAAUGAGGCCAUCGAGGCCAACGAUGCCCUGAGCAGAGAAGUUUCCUCACUCAGGAGCAAACUCAGGCGUGGCAGUGAUUCAUCCUUCAGCACACCAUUAAGGCGUAGCGCUGGUGGAAGCUUUAGACAAGCACGCAGAACCAUGAUGGAAACGUCAGAGAUCCCAGAAGAUGGGGGUCCAUCUGCUACAUCAGUGUGUCAACCUGGGGAACUUCAGAUGGAGUCAAUCAGCAACACCCAGGAUAACAACUAAGAAAACGGAUUUCCUUCUCGCUUCAUGUUUUUUCCUAUUUCUGUGUAAUUUAUACUUAUUUAAUCUUGAUCAUCUCCUACAAAGGAGGAUUGGUACUUAUGUUUGUUCUUUAUGGGUAAAAACUGACUAAUUAAAAAGGGUGUGUAUGCAGGGUUGUACAAGCAAGCAAAUUUAUUACCGAGUACCAUGGUGCCUCCAUGCAUUUUGGGCAUGAACAUCAUAAAAUAAUGGUUAAUUAACUCUUUAGCACUAAUGACCUUAUUCUGCAAUACGGAAGUGCACUUGUUUUUGCGAUUGUUUUAGUAUUAAAUAUUCUAUCAAUUAAAUCAAUUAAAAGUCUAUCAAUUAAAAGUCAUCAACAGCAAUAAAUAAUACACAAGAUAAAAUACAUAAAUAAUAACAGUAAUAAUAUACAAGAUAAAAAUCUCAAACAGUUUAAGGUUUACUAUUGAUUUUUUUUUUUAAAGUACAAUUUUAGAAAGAUACACAUUUAAAAAAUAUUUCAUUUAAAAUCCAUCCAGAUAAAAAAACAACAACGUCUGAUAACAUUAAAAAUAGGGCAUUCCACAAGUUUAACAGUUUGGUUUCUGUUGUAAUACUGACAUUCUGGGGGUGCUUUUCCUUUCAGUAAAUGUUCAGUGCAAGUCUCAAGUGUCCAAAAUGGAUACUUUGUCUAUCCUGAUAGGGCUGUUUUGGCAGCUAUGACUGGGAAUAAUAAGCAGCAGAAAACGGUUUAACUACUCGCUCUACAAACAAUUAUGUUUCAACACAACACAAAAUAUCAGUUUGCAACAUUAAGCAGCACAACAAGCCAUUUUAUUGUAAAGAAUGGAGGUUAAUGUGACAUCUCAAGCCAAAAGGAUUAAAACGGCUGUGCCUGCUUAUAUGUGAAGAAUAAGGUCAAUAGUGUAUCUCUAAAUAUCAUGAAGUACUGCCACGCUGUUCCAUGGAUUUUUUUCUUCAAAUAACCAUGUACUCAAUGCUAGAAAAAAAUAGUCUGAUGCUUGUGCAUUUGAAAGUGUUGAUUUCCAUGCUACCAGACUUCUUCAAGUCCCGGGAGUAAGCAAUGUUCAUUUUCUUAUAAUGCCUACAACAUAACCGUACAAAGCUGGUUGAAAAUUGUGAAACUUACCCCUUAAACCAUGCCUUUAAAAAGUUUUUUCUUUCUUCAAGUCUUAAUUUUUUUCCUCCGUAAAGUGUAUAAGAUACUUUUUUUGACCUAUAAUAAAUUUUCUGCUUC